UAUGGGUUAGUGUUCGUAGACCAAAUAAAUACCACACGCAUUGACGUAAGUGCCUCGUCUUAAGGAUUACGCAUAUCAAUAGUCACAAAGACUCGGCACAAACUAACCAACAACCCAACGCUCAAACUAACCAGCAACCCAACGCACACUCAACCAAAGGUCACCAACUCACCAUGGCUCCCAGAACAAUAGUCGUGGCCGUCAACAACAGCGAAGGGGGCGUUUAUGCGGUAGAGUGGGCGUUCAAGGACUUCGUCAGACCCACAGACAACGUCAUCCUCGUCAAUGUGGUCGACACAUACACACACUACAUCCCCAACUUCGGAACGACCGUGACCUUUGAUAUGGCCACAAACCACGUGCAGAAGGAAGUGGUGGAGAACGCCCAGACACUGUUGGCCUAUUUGGCGAAGCAAAUGAGCAUGAGACCAGGCCAGAUUGAAACAAAGGUGAUCGCUGGUGAUGCGCGUGAUGUGAUGGUAGAGCUAACGGAAGAGCAAGAUAUCGAUGUGGUCAUUCUGGGCACAAGUAAUAAGACGUUGCUGCGCCGCAAGCUUGUGGGUAGUGUGGGCAGCUAUCUGGUCGAACACUGCAAAUGCUCUGUGAUCAUUGCGAAGCAGAAACCGUAGGCUCAACGCAGGUGUACUUUGAUUAUGCUAUGCUGUGUGCAUGUACGUGGACGAUCCUAUGACACAUGUGCAUAUGGUUUACCACGUGACACUUAACGUGUGCAUGGGUGUCCUUUUGCCAACGGCCAGUGCACAUGGCUCACCAGCUCGAGUGUACUGUUAAUUGUUGAUGGAUGCCCUCUAGAAGGCAGUUAGAAAUAGUUCUACGCACGAGAAGACAAAGCUGUGGGCUAGUUGGCCUUGCACUGUGUGCCUGUGAUGCACACACUGUGCAAUGGCCAUAGUGCUAGUAAUGGCGGCCUCUCUGUUGAGGGGUGUCUAGUUGAUGCUGCCUGCGUGAGGGCUAUCCCCUACAUUCCAUAACUAUGUGUUAUGUCUUGCAGAUGCCUUGCUGAAUGGGUUGAGAGUGGUGAUGAAACGGCGCAUCUCUCACCAACUCAACUGUUCUUUGUCUGAUCGUUGUGCUGCAGUGAUGGAAUGAGACUGCAUUUCGGAAUAUUGCUUAGCUCACUCCAUUGCCCUCUGAAGUACAUGAGGUCCCAAAUAAACGCUCCGAAGUUCAUGAGGUACCAAAUAAUUAAUAAACACUCUCUCGUCAAAGAA